AUGCAGUCGAACGACGACCGAGCUCCCAAGAGGGGAUCGUCAGCCGCUGAAGAGCUGUCGAGGAACUUAUCACUGGCUCUCAUGGCGGCUACCAGCGGAGGCGUCAGAGGCUCGAGGGGACUACCAAAUCUCCCAGCACAAGCAUCAUCAACGCCAUCCUCAGCGCCAUCGAAUCAAGGAGUCGCUUCAUCCAACUUGAAUGGAGGUCCAAAGCCCGGUGCAUUGGCGGCGGCAGCAGCUGGUUCUGGUGGCCUCUCAUCUCGCGCGUCAUCAUCGUCGCCGUCCUCGACUUCGUCUACUUCUGGGGACGAAGGGGGCGCGAGAUCAAAGCCGUCUACUACGGCUUCCGCGUCUCCCGUGGAUGAUAACACUCAGAGCUCUUCCAAGAAGAAGCCCAAGAAAGAUCGGUCCAAACUGAGAAAGGGGAAGUGGACGGUUGAAGAGGAAGAGUACACUACCAGGAUUAUCCAUCACUUCAGCACUGGACUUCUGACCUUGCCUGAGGGCGCAACAUUGCGCUCCUUCUUGGCAGAAAAGCUGAACUGUGACCCAAUGCGUAUCACCAAGAAGUUUGCGGGGGCUUCCUGUCUGGGACGAAGAGUAUUCCAUCUCAGGAAUCGCCCACAGCCCAGCUACGACGAGAUCCAAAUGGCCCGAAAUGAGCUUGAUCAGUUGGAGCAGAGGUUUCGACUUCGGGUGGAGCAUGGCUAUGGAGGCAUGCCCCUGACCACUCCUCCUGGAAUGAUGCUCAAGUUUGCCACUCCUGCAGAGAACCCCCCUCCCAGUGCUGUAUUGUCACAGGGGCCUGUAGCUGUGGCCCAGCCAGUUCCCUCCCACAACAAUGCAACGGCUGCCGCUGCAACAGCUGCAGCGACAACCUUCUUGCAGAACUUUGCAGCGGCUGCAGCAGCCGCGGCUGCGGGCGCCAAUCCCUCUCCCGCGCCAUCGUUUCCCUUCCAGCUUCCAACGCCAGCGGCACCUGCUGUCCCUCCGGUUGCUGCAGCUCCCCCCACUGUACCUGGGCUACCAGGACUUGCUGGGGCACCAGGAGCUCCCCAGUGGCUGUUGCCGGCUCCUCCAAAUGCUCCAGCCCCAGCCCCCAACGCCGCCCCCUCAUCAACUGGUUCUUCCAUGGAUGCUUCCGUUCGAGCUGUGAACGAUGCAGUCACGAACUGGGCUUGGGCUCAGGUGGCUGCAUCCUUGUCCACUGCUCUGCCUCAGCUGACUGCCGCAAACAUCCAGCAGCAGCAACAGCAACAUCAGGCUCAGCAGCAACAACAGCAGUUGAUGGCAUCACUCUCCACUGUUUUCCCCCAGCUGGCUGUUGGAAACCUGCAACCGAAUCAGCAGCAACAGCUUCAGCAACAAGUCCAACAGCAAGUCCAGCAACAGGUCCAACAGCAAGUUCAGCAACAGGUCCAACAGCACGUGAUGCAGCAGCAACAGCAAGCACAGAAACAGCAAGCUUUGCAGCAGCAACAGGCAGCAGCCCAGCAGCAACAGGCUACGUUGCAACAGCAAGCCCAACAGCAGCAGAGCACGUUGCAGCAACAGCAGCAGGCUCUUCAACAGCAACACUUGCAGGCCUUGCAGAAACAGCAAGAGCAAGCACUGCAGAAACAGCAGGAACAGGCCAAAUUGGAGGCAAGGCAGCAGCAGGAACAACAAGAGAGGCAACAGGAGCUCUUGAAGAAGGCUCACGCAGACGAAGCCAACAGCUUUGCGAUGCAGCUAAGAGAAGCGUACGAGAAGCAGCUCAAAGCCAGGGAACAGGUCGAAUCCGACACCAAGCCCGUCGCCACUGCAACGGUGGCUGUGGCGGCUCCAAUGGCACCCGUCCAGGCACCAGUGCAAGAAGUGGCAAGGUUGCCGAAGGACAAGCCAAAAGUCAAACAGGGAUCAGAGUCUGCAAGGCCGCGCAAGUCGUCGGACGGGUCUUCAAGAGACGGCAAGUCAAAGAAAUCAAGCAGGUCCAAAGACAAGAAGAAGGACAAGGCUGCAAAGCUUGCCAAGUCAGCAGAAGCGAAGCAACCCACGGCGGAUGGUGAUCUCAAGCCGAAGCCAAGGUCAGAGCAAGAAUUGCCAGGGCAAGUGGCGCAAAAGGAGGCGCCCGGCAACGGAGGCAGAACGGAAGAAGAGGAAGCAGCUGGCACGAUUCUAAUCGGCUUCUUGAGCUCACUAAGGGAUUCCUAUGAAGACGCUGUGAGGAAGAAGGGGACCACGCCCGCGGCUCCAGGCCAAGCCGAUGUCCCAGCAAAGAAGGUCAAGAAGCGUCUACGAGUUGAAGCGGAAGCAAGCUCGAAAAAGCAAAAGACGCAGCAGACAAAGAGUUCGGUCAGCAAGCCAAACGCCGAAAACUCCAAACCGAAAGCCAGACCUACCUUUGCAGUUGACAAUGAUGGUGCUGCCGAGAAGCCAGAAGCCACACCAAAUAAGGCUCCAGCAACCAUGUCAGCUGCUUCGUCGCUGGCUGAUUCUUACCGUCAGUUUACGGCAACUUCGCUCCAAAACCGCCGUACCACUAACCCUGCCUAUGUAACUGAUAUGUCAGCUUCAACAUCGGAGACAUCCUCUGGCAACAACUCGACAAAUCCAGUGGAGAGUUCAUUGGAAGACUCGGACUCGAAUUCCGAUAAGUGCGGGGACAUCAACUCUGAUGACAAGGGCAAGGCCGAUCAGUCAUCAAGUGAAGACGACGACAAGGAAGUGGGGGACAGUCCAGGAGAACAUUUCAGAAGCAAAGGACCCCCACGUAAGCGCCUCAAGUCGAAGAAGUUGACGGAUGAGAACAAAUCCACGGCAGGACAAGCUGUCGCAGUGGGAGGUAACCAGCAGAAAUCUGCUGAUUGA